UUUCACAUGUGAGGGUUUCAGACUUUGUAUAGCCUAGACGCUGCACACUGGAGAGCUUUAUUCUCAGACAACUAUCUUCCAGAGAACUGUGUGUGUGUGUGUGUGUGUGUGUGUGUGAGCAGAAGGACCUGUUGUGGAGGAUGAAGCUGCUCUAUGGACUGAUCCUGGCGAUGGCUGUCCUGGUUUUGGCUGAAGGACACGGCGUUGAAUCUGGAUGUCAGAUCUGGGAUAACAGUAAAGACCACAGUGUCGAUAACACAAUCGUGUGCUGUACGAAGUGCCUUCCAGGAAACCGUCUAAAAACUAAAUGCGGCCCAGACCCAAGGUUUCUGUGUACUCCCUGUGAAACUGACAACUUCAUCCACAUCGAAAACACUGACGCAAACCAACGGAAAUGUCUGAGGUGUGAUGAGUGUAUAGGAGGUGGCAGACGGGUGAAAGAGAAUUGCACCGCCAGCAGAAACACAAUUUGUGGGUGUUUACAAGGAUAUCGAUGUGGAAACGGCAAAUGCUCUCACUGCCUGAAGGAGUGUGGGAAGGGAGAGCAACCUGAUGGAAAAGGCAAGUGUGAGCCGUGUCCUCCACGGAUGUACAACGACAAGCUCCAUCAACCCUGCGUGAACUGGACCAAAUGUAUGCCUGACCAUCAGAUAAUUGUUCCUGGAAGUUCAUCUACAGAUGUGAUCUGUGGCCCUCAACCACACACCAAAGCGACAGUGUUGCCGUACAGUGAUGCAGAGAGAAAUGUCACGGUUAUUCUCAUCAUCUUCGGGGUCAUAGGCGUGACAAUACCUCUCGCUAUAAUCCUCUUCCUGGAGUGGAGAAGGAGAAAGAUCACCCAUGAAGAGAGAAAGCAACCAGGAGGACCGACUCCGACGAGUUUUCCUGAAGAGGUCAGCUUCUGUUUUCCUCAGCAGGAACACGGCAGUAACAGUCAGAGCUCCACAGACUCGCUCCUCUCGCAGAGCAUCGGGCCUUUAGAGGCAUGAAAUCAGCAUUGUGUAUAUUGAGGAUAAUAUGUAUGUUGUGUUUCGAUGUAAUGUAUAAUUUAUUUACUUAAUUGUAUUGUAAAUCACAAUGCCAGUGACAUUUUGGAGCCAUUUAAAUAGCUGAGGUGUUUGAGAUUGUUCUGUGCCGUAUUUUCCUAUGUUUUAAAGGAUUACAUGUUGUACUUGUUUACUUAAGGAGAAGGUUUGACCCUAAAGGCUCUUGUACACUGAGUCCGAAAUUU